GAUUUUCCUAACCUCAAUCAGUUAUAAAUCUAACCUCAGCGUUAUGAAAAAGCAAUUAUUAAUUACUAUUAUCAAAAUAGCUACAGUUGUUAGUUGAAACUAGAACAGUUCCAAAUCAUUUUCAAGCUAAUGAAUAAAAAUAUGCCUCAGGCUUUGAUUUCCAGUAUCAUAUACUUAAUUAAUGUUCUACGUGAAUUCUAAUGUUUACCUCCUGAAUCUUUAUCAAUUGGCACCGAAUCCCACAGUAACCACUUGGCAAUUGAUUAGAGUCGAUUGAUAUACCAGCUUUCUGCUAAGAAUGGCUAAUAGAAGUUAUGAAGACUUGCUGGAGCCCCGAAGAAAUGACUUUAACAUCUGGCUUUGGUCUACUAGGGCACUAAACACCCAGGUUGCGGUGAAGAUGCGACCGAGGCCUAAUCCUGACGAUCAUAAACUAGCUGUUUUGAACUCCUUAAAAAUCUCCGAAAUUAUUGAGCAGAUAGGUGCUAAAAGUAACAUGGACAGGAAGGCGAUUGAGAGACAGUUGAUGCUAAUUCUUGACGAAGUUGGGUAUACUAAAAGCCUGAAGGUGAUUCGAUACUUGUCAUAUAUUUUAAGUAAACUCCUGUUGAAAGUAUGUUCAGGGGUUUAUGUGAAUUAUCAGGGCCUGCUCAAGAUCAAAUCCACCAUGGGAAACUGUCCGGUGAUAUUUGUCCCGUCCCACAGAAGCUACGCGGAUUUCGUCAUUUUUUCUUACGUUUUCUUUCAUUAUGGCAUAGAAAUUCCUGCAAUUGCAGCCGGAAUGGACUUCCAAGGUAUGAUGGGGGUUGGUGAGAUGCUUCGCAAUACCGGGGCUUUCUUCAUGCGUCGAUCUUACGGUGACGAUAGCUUGUAUUGGGCAGCCUUUAAAGAAUACGUCCACCAGUUGGUCUGCAAGGGCGAUUUGCCCGUCGAAUUUUUCAUAGAAGGCACCAGAAGCCGCAGUAAUAAGAGCAUGGUGCCCAAAUAUGGGCUAAUCAACAUGAUCCUUAAGUCGUACUUCCUGUCCCAAGUCCCGGACAUUCUUUUUGUGCCUGUUAGCGUCAACUAUGACCGGUUAAUAGAAGAGAACCUGUUUUCUUUCGAACUAUUGGGCAUUCCUAAGCCACGAGAAAGCACCUCUGGUUUCUUCAGGUCGUGGAAGUUGGUGAAGGAAAGUUUCGGAAGCAUUUACUUCCACUUCGGCGACCCGAUUUCCACCAGGGAGUUCUUUGAAGAUAAAUUCGAUAGAUCCAAGCACAGCCUAGGGCCCAUACACUUGCACGAGAUUAAUGAAGAAGAAAAGCGGCUCAUUCCGCAUUUGGCUUAUGAAAUCGUGCGGCGUCAGCAAAUAUCCAGCGUGGUCAGCUACUUCAACUUAAUAGCGCUGAUCUUAAACAACAAUAUUACUAGAGGACAGGAGUUCACCGGGAUGGAAGAAUUGGCUCAGGAAAUACGCAUCCUCAGAGGUACUUUCAGGUGUUGGGGAGCCACCAUCUUCGAACAGGACAUUCACAGUGCAAUAAAAGACAGCCUGAAGGUGCAUCAGAAUUUGAUCACAGUAGGAGAAAACGGGAAGAUCGGGUUGGUCACCAAUCAGAUUUCCAUGGGGGCGGUAGAUGCUCGCAAAUUAAAAGGCCACAGCCUGAGCGAGGCAACUAUCAGUUAUUCAGUUCCUUUUAUGAUGCUGCAAAUCUACGCCAAUCCGGUUUUGCAUUAUUUCAUUGAUGGAGCUUUGAUUGUUGUCGCCUUGAGAAGCACUGGCAGGCUUAAUGAAGAUGACUUAUUCAAACACUUCCGCAAUCUUCGAGCCAUAUUUUCCUUUGAAUUUGUCCUGUUGGAAACUUGGUAUAAAACGUAUUUCGAAGAAGCCCUACAUAGACUGAGUAGCCAGAAAAUAAUUGCUCGCAGGAACGAGCAAUAUGAGAUUUUCGAAAAUAACUACUUCGAAGAGGUGCUGAUCAGCAGUAUUCAACCGUUUAUUUUGUCGUAUUAUGUGGUUGCUGAGAUUUUACAGACACUGCCCGAGGUUGUGGAGGAAAAACUAGUACUAGCAAGCGCGCAAAAAUUACUGGAAGAGGCAAUUAGUGAAAGGAAAAUAUUCAUCCAUCCCUACGCAAUGUCUUUGGAUACUUUAGGCAAUUGCCUUAGUACUUUGGUGCGAAUGGGGGCUGCAGUAAAACGCAGACGAGAGGGACGAGUCAUGUUAUCAAUCAACAGAGAAUCGAUUGGGGGCCUCAAAAGUGAUCUAGAAACGUACCUUCCCUCGUUCCAAGUUAUUAAAAGCUUUGAUAUUUUUGUGCACAUCAAAAGUAAAUUGUAGUUUUAAUGACUGUUUUAGUAUUAUAAUGAACGAUGUUCUUGCCAAGGACAGUAUGUAUUAGUGUGUAGUGUUAACAAAGUUUUUAUCAAUUGUGCAAAUGUUUUUCAGUUUGCUCUUGGGUAGGUACUAUUUUACAUUCCCUUUUGUUUUCGGGCUUUUUAACGCAGAUUUUAUUGUUGUUAUUGAUUGAAUGUUUGUUAUCCGUUUGUUUUAUAUUUGUCCGUUUUGUAUGAUAAUUACAAGACUGAAUAAAUUUUUUGUUACUGA